GCACACAAUAACCGUUGAUUGGAUUGAAGUGAACCUAAAAUGCCGAAGGCGAAACGGUGGAAAGUUUGGCUGCACUUCACCUCAAAAGAUGCAGACUCGGCUGCCUGCAACAAGUGCUCGAAGACGAUAUUGUGCAAGGGAGGUAACACCUCGAAUUUGAUUAAGCAUCUGACGACGCAUGGCAUUUUUUUAAAAGCCGAGCAAUGCACCGUCUUUGAUAGCCUGCGAGACCCCACGCCAAGCACAUCUUCUGCCGCUAUUGGAGUUAGCAGCAUCCCCGGAGAAGAGAGUCCCACUCCCAGCCCUGCCAGUGUUGUUGACGCUACAGAUGAUGACAGCAGCCGUUCUUCUUCGGUGACUCCCUUCACCCUGGCCAAGAAGGCUCAACUGACAAAAGAAAAAGUGGAGGAAAUUCACAGGGCAGUAACAAAAUUUGUGGUGCAAGGCCUUCAUCCAUUUUCAAUGGUGGAGUCACCAUCAUUCAGGGAGAUGACCACUGCCCUUAAUCCUAGGUACUAACCCCCAUCCAGGGAUGACAUAUCCAAUACAUUUAUACCUGCAUGGUAUUCUGUAGAGAAAAGCAACGUCAUCCAGAAGUUGGCACAGGUUAACAAGGUAGCUAUCACCUGUGAUGGAUGGACCAGUGUUGCACAGGACCACUUCCUCACAGUCACUGUCCACUAUAUCUCCAAAGGCAAAAUGGAGCAGAAUGUGCUGAGCACUGAAGCGGUUUAUGAGUCACAAACAGGACCAGUUGUGGCCAAAGAAAUAGCCAGUGUUGUGGAGCAAUUUCACUUAGAGGAGAAAAUAAUUGCUGCCACUGUAGACAAUGCCAGCAACAUGGAUGUUGCUUUGAGAAGUUUGGAUUUCUUAAAAGUGGGAUGCUUUGCUCACACCCUUAACCUGGCAGCACAAAAGGUUUACGACAUUCCUGCAGUUUCCAACUGGUGUGCCAAAAUCCGUGCAGUUGUGGUAUGGCUCAAGCGUUCAUCGUUGAGCAAAACUGUGCUCAGAGAGAAGCAGCGCAUCCUCAAUUUGCCAGAGCAUAAUGUCAUUCUCGACGUUAAGACGCGCUGGAACUCCCUUUUCCUGAUGGUGGAGAGAUUUAUGGAGCAGUUUGAUGCAAUCCAGGCAGCUGCUCUGGAUCAACGGCUGAGGAAGCCAAUGGAGAAGGACAGGCUAGAAAGGUUCACACAGGCAGAUUUAAUGAAGGCAGAGGAGUUUAUCAAGUGCAUGCAAGUCCUGUACACAUCAACCCUGUGUGUGUCAAGUGAGAAGUCUCCCACAUGCAGCCAAAUCAUCCCCAUCCUGACCAAGCUGGAGGCACACUUCAGGCAAUGUGAUGAAGACACUGGUUUCACCUCCUCAAUAAAACAGAAGGUCUGGGGUAAUCUGCAGAACAGAUACCAGGAUGAAAACCUUCAGAAGUUUCUGAAGGAGGCCACACUGAUGGACCCACGUUUUAAAGGCAGGCUAGAUGAAGGUGAGGCUGCUGACGACUGGGACAGGUUGGAGAAGGCAGCAGUGGCAAAUGCCACAGCAGCAGUUGCACAACCUCCUAUAGAGUGCCCUCAGGCAGACUGUGAGGUUGAUGAUGUCGAUGAGAUGGACAAGCCAGAAAAACGUCCAAGAAAGGUCCAGAAGUCGGCCUUGGAAAAGCUGCUUGAGGAUGAGGACAGAGAGCUUCUCCAGGCAGCUUCUCAAACAGCCAGUGGCCCCUCCUUCACAGAGCAGAUGCAGAAGGAGCUGGACAUCUACAAAGGUCUGCCUGCAAUUCCUUCUGGACAAGACCCUGUGGCCUGGUGGUGGGGUAAGAGGGAUACUCUCUCCAAUUUAUCUGCCCUAUCAGAUACGUACUUCUGUGUCCCAGCCUCAUCAACGCCUUCCGAAAGGGUUUUCUCUUGUGCUGGGCAUGCCAUCAGCCAAGAGCGAUGCCGCAUAUCACCAGAAAAGGCUAACAUGGUCAUCUUUUUGCAAAAAAACUGCUGAAAGUUUAAAGCUGUUAGGUGUUUUGUAAACACGAAAAAAUUGAAAGGUAAUUGUGAUUUUUUUUUUUUUUUCUUUGCAUGUUGCAUGUUGCAUGUUCUCUGUAUUCUGUAUUGCUGCUGGUUUUGAUGUGCUGCUGUUUUUAUUAUGAUAAUUCUAACAGUUUGUUGUGAAUUUUUAUAUCAGUUAAUUUCUUAGUCUGUUGUAUUUAUAUUAUUGAAGGAUUUUAAAUUAAUAUUCUGUUCAACUUGUG